AUGUGGGCGCAUGUUUUGGACCUUUUAUGCUGCCAGCGGCCAAGGCAACCUAAGGCUCUGCACCCCGAGAAUCAGGAACAGAAUUCCUUCAGCUUUGGCGGCAGCCAAGGUUCCACAACGCCCGAAGCACCCCAGUCGUCGUUUGAUGGUUCCACAGCCUCGGAAAGUGAGGAGGAGCCGACCAGCAAGGUUGCCACAGCCAUGCUCAAGCACUGGCGCCAUUCCGAGAGCUUCACGCAAGCAAAGCUCGUCCAGGAUCUGGCAGCAAAGUUGCAGCUGAAUGCCAAGAAGUAUGAAGCAGGCAGCUUUUUCACAGCAGCGAAGGCCAAGGAGGGCUUCUUCGCGGUGAUUGGCCAAGAAGCCUUCCUCGGAGGCCUGAACUUGCGCUCGGUGAGCUCCAUGGGCAAGUCGAGCCUUGGUAAAAGCCUUGAGCUGGCGUGGUUUGACAACAAAGCUGCCUACACCGAGCGCCGUGCUUUUGCCGGAUCCAUUUCACUGCACCAGGUGCAGGGCUCUUCCGUGGGUCCACCAGCAGGGUCAAGGUAUGCCAACCUGGACGAAGUCACUCGCGGGCAAAUGGCUGGGGCCAUACGUUGUGAUUUGUACACUCGGCCCAGCUGGAUUCGGCCAGCUAGAGGUGCUUUGCGAGUCGCGCGAACGCGCAGAAACCUGGAGCCGAAGCUUGCAGGACUUAGUGUCAGGUUCUUCGCCCAAGAGCAGGGUGGCCGAUCCAACUUCGGCCAAGCGGAUCUUUUGAAAAAAUACAACGGCAAGGAUGGCAGAGACGGCAAAGAGAAAGACAAGAAGAAAGCGGAGAAGACUGCUGAGCAGUUGGAGGAGGAGCGACGGCAAAAGGAGCAGGAAGAGAAGGAGGAGGAAGAACUGGAGAAAGCCUGCGAAAAGUGGUGCAGCGUAAUUUGUAAAGUUUUGAUCAUGGUUCCCAUCCUUGUAGGCUAUGUGCUGACUCCUCUUCGUGAGCUGGCGUUGCGCCCCGAGAUGGCCAUCGACAUGCCAAAUCUCAGUGGCAUGAAAGUUGUUGUGACAGGUGGGUGCUCAGGCCUGGGCUUGCAGACUGCAAUGCUCAUGGCACAGUCUGGAGCUUCAGUGAUAGCUGGCUGCCGCUCUGACAGUGGCGCCGCUGCAUCCACGUUGCAAACCUUGGAGCGGCUCAGCAAGGCCAAAGCUCAGCCGGCGGUCUGGGAUUUAGACAUGGAUUCUUUGGAGUCUGUCCGCUCCUUUGCGCAGAGAUACGUGUCCAGCGUGGGCACGCUGCAGAUUUUGGUCAACAACGCGGGGACGACGCAGGGCUGCAGCUUGACGCAAGACAAGAUCGAGUCAGCGUUCCAGGUGAACUAUCUCAGCCACUUUCUUUUGACUAACGGCCUGAUGCCCGCUUUGCGUGGCCGUCCCGCAAGGGUGGUCCAUGUGACUUGCCAAGAAGGCUAUCUUCGGCCUGCUCGUGGUUGGAGUCACCGAUUUGGCGAGGGCGUGCUCCAGGGCUGGUUGGGAACCCCUGUGCCGAUCCAAGAGGGCGUCAGGGUGGGCUCAAUGCGAAUUACUUCUGGGAGGACACCGGGGUCAAGUCAUGAGGUGGAAGAUUCUGCAGAAGCCGCAACUCUGCGCGAGGACAUUGAGUGGCGCGUCGAUCGCUGCAAAGUGGCAGAGGCUUACAGCAAUGCUAAGCUGGCAGUGCUGGCGUUCUCAAGAGAAUUGGGCCGACGCGGGAUCUCGUCUCACGCCAUAAAUCCCAACGCGUUGCUAACAGACUUCAAGCCAUUAGUUGCAGAGAACGGUCUUCAAGCAUGUCCUAUUUUCCGCCGGUUUGGAUUACAGGCAAGGUCUUCGGCUUUCUCGGCAACAGAUUGA